GCAUCUAUUCGAACCAAAAAGUUCUAUGUUUUGUACAUUGUUUUGUAUACAAAAUCGAAUAAUAAAAUGCAAUUGAAUCAAAUUAAUCUGAAUCAUUCAUGUUAAAAAUUAAUGUAAUUUGUUUUAAAAAAUUGUUUGUUCUUCAUUUAAAAAUGUCUGGCUCGAAAAUUGAAAUUGAAUCGAUGGAUGUUGAUGAUCUUUGUCCUGUACAGGUUCAAAAAACAAAUACAAAUACGAAACCGCAAGCAAAAACAGAUUCGAAGCAUGAAGAUGGAAUUCAAAUCAAUGUACAAUCAUCUUUAUCGUCUCUGUUGAUAGAUUCUACGGAAAAAUUACCCAAUCGCAAAAUUUUAAAAGCUAAACGUAAUUUUUCAAGAGUCCAGACUAAAAACGGUGACCAUAAUCAUUAUUUAAUACUUGUUAUCGAUACGAAUGUUUUAGUUGAAGAUUUAAACCUUUUAAAAAGAUUAAUAAUCAAAUUUAAUAUCAACAAUGUACAAAUUCAUAAAAUUAUUAUACCAUGGACUGUGAUACAAGAAUUGGAUGGUCUGAAAUUGGAUCGGGAUAAUUAUCUGGUACGAAAAGUUCAAAAUGCCAUACGGUUCAUUAAUGAACAACUAAAAUUGGGUGAACACUCAAGAUUAAUUUGUCUGGAAAAGUCAUUUCAAAAUCAAAAUGAAAAAGAUGUUUUUAGCAAUAAUGAUGAUCUUAUACUUGGGUUUUGUAUUCAAUUUAACAAAAAUCCGCAAAAAUUUCUGCCCACGCUCACCAUUGAAAAACAAUGGAUAUUAAUUGCAUUGAUAACCAAUGAUAUAAAUUUACAAAAUAAAGCUAUUGUUCAUCAAAUGAAUUGCUAUAGUUUGAAAGAAUUGAUACAAAAAUACAAAUCACCUGAUAAAACGAUCCAAAUUAACAGCAAGCGUGAGGCGGCCAAUUCAACUGACAAGUCCAAAAGGGUUAAAACUGACAUUUCCGCUACGAGUUUUCGAAAUCCCUCAAAACGUUUUCGAACAAUCAGCCAGUCAUCAUCUGUCGACCUCGUUAAAGAAUUUCCUCGAAAGAAUCAUCUCACUACGGUGUCAACAAAAAUGGAUUCACCAUCACCAAGUCCUAUGGAUCCAAUGACUAGUGGCUCUUGUAAAGAAUUGGAUUCGAAAUACGCUCUCGAAACUCGCCUAGCUGAAUUUAUUAUUGCAAAAUUCAAGGAAACAUUUGGCAAUGAUUUGUGGCAAUCAACUUUGGGUGUAUAUUCACCUGAAAGCGCAACAUUGAUCGAUUCAUUGAGAAAAUUCAAAUCAAAUUGGGUGGGUGUAUUUUCUGAUUAUUUUCGUCGCGAUAAAAAGGUCAUACAGCUCGUCAAUGAAAUGCUGCAAUCGGUAAAUAAUCGUACUGCAGAAAAUUGUGAAAAACUUUUACAAAUGAUUGAAUUGGCAUUUGAAAGUCAAGUUGGUCAGCGUGAAAAUAAAUGGAAUGAUGAAUAAAAACUGUUUAAUGAAUA